UCAGAGGGAUACUUAACUUCCUGUACUUUCGACUAUCUAACCGACAACUUCGAUACGCGCCUAUUUGUUGGCACCAUAUUCACCUUCAGCUUCGUGUGUCCGACAUCGAUGAUCGUCUACUAUUACAGUCAAAUAGUCGGACAUGUAUUCAGUCAUGAGAAGGCACUACGAGAACAAGCUAAGAAAAUGAACGUCGAGUCGUUACGUUCGAAUGUAGACAAGAAUAAGGAAACCGCCGAAAUACGUAUCGCUAAGGCGGCUAUCACUAUCUGCUUCCUUUUCUUUGUAUCUUGGACACCAUACGGCGUUAUGUCACUGAUUGGGGCAUUUGGUGACAAGAGUCUACUGACGCCCGGUGUUACCAUGAUACCGGCUUGUACAUGCAAAAUGGUCGCCUGUGUUGAUCCGUUCGUGUACGCCAUUAGUCAUCCGAGAUAUCGAGCGGAGUUGCAGAAACGUUGUCCUUGGUUAGCCAUUAACGAAAAGUCGACAGAAGCCUCGACAGCUGCUUCGACAACCACCGAACAACAGCAGACGUCGGCAGCGUAAAGUUUCGUUCCAGACUGUUGAUAGUAAUGCUGUGGCUUUAGUUAUUUAGUGGUUAAGCAAGAUAGCGUAAACUUCUUAGUUACAUAGAUUAGCAAUUAAUUUACUUAAAUUCAUAUGGACUAACAUGUAUGUAUGUAUGCAUUAAAAAGAAAUUUAGUUUAGUUUUAAUUGCAAUUUUCUUCGGCACACAAAAGUUGACGAUUCGGCUGUGGACACGGACUAGAAUUUUGACUAAUUCAAAACGAAGGCAAUCGAACCUAGUAGCUAUGCGACAAGGCGAAACGACUUAUUGAAAACAUGGGAAUUUAAAAGUGCAACAAUGCGUGGAUGCUUUAAGGAGCUGCAUUGUUCACAAAAAUCAAUAUAAAAAAUAUCUUCAAAUUCGCCACAGUCAAGUGGGUACCUUAAAUGUGAAUCGAGUAGGUUUAAUAAUAAAUGUAAGCGGAGUUCGGCUGUGGGAAUUCCAAAUGAGAAGUUAUUUAUUGUUCAGUUGUAGCAACAUUUUUAAUUUGAUAUUUAUUUUUGAAGUGAAAACCUUAAAUAAAUACAUAUGUAGAUUUUUAUUGCAAUUAAAAA